AUGAAAGCGGUCAGUUCUCUUCUCUUCAGAAUCCUCCCAAACAGAGAACUCUAUGCAGGACAAAACGCCGAAAAAGAACAAGUCGCCACUGUACCCGCCGGCGACCGUGGACGCACUUCUCAAGGCCUUCGAAGCGGGUCAAGGUCACAUCAACCGCGACUCUCGCGCCGAAAUCUCCAGGGAACACAAUCUGACGUAUCGACAGGUUCGGAUAAGAGUUAUUAGGGCGGCAAACCUCUGCAACUCUUUGUGUCGUUCAGAUCUCCGCGUGGACGAACGAUCGGAAGCGUCGUCACGGGCUGUACGGAGAGCUCAAGUUCAUUCGGAAACUGAGCAGAUACGUGCAGGCGCACCCGGACGAGGAUCCGUCCGACGAAAUGUUCCAGGAGUUUCAGACCGUUCUCAACAAGAUUAUCGAAAUGAACGGAUACGACAAGCAAUGA